CGAAGUUGAAGACGGUUCGUGCUUCUACGUUCGACCAUAGUGAGUGUACAACAAAUACUGAUGGGCGUCUCCAAUAGAUUAAGUAGUACAUCUGCCUGUGUAGUCCUAGUGGUGCUGGCGUUUGGUUCAUUUGGACCAUGUAACGCUCACAUAACCUACAUGGAGCCCAGGAACCCGCUUAAGGGUUCACCGCCUCCACCAGGUUCACCCUGGCCGAUGCCCCAGUCCUACGCGGCGAGUCCGAAUCUUUAUGAGCUUCGGCCUGAUUCUUUUCAUUUCAACAGUAACAUAGACGACUGCGACAUUAUUAGUAAGGCCUUUGUUCGCUAUCGAAAACUGAUCUUUAUUCAGGAGUCAGUACCAAGUCCGUCAUGUCAUCCCCGUCUACGGAGUCUAAACGUAGAUCUGACGGAAAAAGCCGACUGUACAUACCCACAACAUGGCAUGGAUGAAUCAUACGCAUUAACAAUUGACUCGAAGCUUCGUCAAGCGACUCUACGAUCGAACAGCCCGUGGGGAGUUCUCCGGGGUCUCGAGACCUUCUCGCAGCUCGUAUACAUCGAUGAAAAUACCAAUCACUACUUUAUAAAUGAAUCGAGUGUGUGGGAUUGGCCACGCUUCGGCUUCCGUGGAAUUCACCUCGACACCGCCAGACAUUUUUUGCCGAUGAAGACCCUUAAGCGGAACUUGGAAGCUAUGUCGUACAAUAAAUUUAAUGUUUUCCAUUGGCACAUAGUUGACGAUCAAUCGUGGCCUUACCAAAUGAAAGUGUUCCCCAAUCUGACAAAUUCUGCAUAUCAUCCAAAGCUUAUCUAUAGUCAGGAAAACGUUCAGGAGAUCAUUGAGUUUGCCAGAGAACGUGGUAUUCGCGUUAUUCCUGAGGUUGACACACCAGGGCAUUCACAGGCUCUUGGAAAAGUAUUCCCUGAUAUCCUUACCGCGUGUUACAACCCGAAUGGCCGGGAAGGAUCUCGAUACCCUCAUUUUUCUGCGCACGAAAUACUUGACCCAACACAAGAUAAUACCUAUAACGUUGUGAAGAAAAUUCUUCAAGAGGUAAAUGCGACCUUCCCCGAUAAUUAUAUGCAUCUGGGCAUGGAUGAAGUCUACUAUGACUGUUGGCAGUCGAACCCAGAAAUAGGUAAAUUCAUGAAAGCGCACAACAUGACUUCAGCAUCCCGACUGGAGCAGUUCUAUGUAAAAAGAACUUUGGACAACGUAAAGGCUUUUGGGGCAAAGUACAUGAUCUGGCAAGACCCACUUGAUAAUAAUGUCAGGCCCGCGCCGGACACAAUCAUUGAAGUUUGGCGCAGUACCAAUGGAACUUGGAGACGUAAUUUAGAGCAGGCAGUAAGACACGGUUAUCAAGUCGUGCUGUCCGCUCCGUGGUACCUAAAUUAUAUCCAGUAUGGCGCAGACUGGGUGAAGUACUACACGGUAAACCCUACGGAUUUCAAGGCGACGGACGAGGAGAAAAAACUUGUCAUUGGCGGCGAAGCCUGCAUGUGGGGCGAAUUUGUGGACGCAACAAACGUCAUUUCUAGAUACUGGCCCCGCGCGUCGUCGGUGGCGGAGCGUCUCUGGUCAGCGUCUUAUGUGAACGAUCCAGAAGAGGCUAAAUGGAGACUUGACGAGCAACGCUGCAGAAUGAUUCGUCGGGGAAUCCCUGCUGAGCCGAUUAUGAACGGAUACUGCGGAUCAUACGACUGGGAUAUGUAAUCUAAAGGAAUCUUUUUUGGUUAAAAUGGUCUGCUAAUGAAAAGAUAUGCCGAAACAUACAAAUCCAGUAUCAGCGUGCUGUGCUCAACGUCACGCGCUCAGUUUACAUCUUCUCUAUUAAUAACGAAUUACCUUGGUCUCUAAAUGACUUCUGCUAAGUUUCUGAUGAUAAAAAAAGACGAAAGAAAAAAAAAGAUGAAAAAAAGAAUGAUAAAAACAAAAUUUAUGAUAGAAAAAAAGCAGGCCUGCGUUAAGUAUUUGCUUACAGCUUGGGUCCAUAGGGUGUACAGAUUAUUAAAACAGUGACAAUAUUAGUAAGCUGCAGUACUUUUUGUCAACAAUACGUCCGUUUUUUUUUUUUUUUUUUUUUUUAUAAAAACACGUUAAACUGAUACGUAACCAAUUUCAUUCGUUUACAGAGUUGUAAAACGCUUUUUAGCCAGCUCGAACAUUGCCAUCUGCCUGAAGCGGUGUAUAAAACGGCGUAUAUUGUUAAUAUGUCUGAUCCGCGCGAAUCUGUUCUCUAAAUGACUCCUGCGUUCUAGUGGUCCCAACAAUAUAUCUUCUUGUAUUUUAUACGGCUAGUUAUCUGCAUCUCUACCCGUUAGACAAAAAAGUGACUGAAUGCCCAUACAAUUACGAUUAUGUUAAUCACGGUAUGCAGUGAAGAUAUUAAAUAAUAUCACAUAAUGGAUUCUAUUACAGUUGUCAAUCGGCAGUUACGAUAAGAAUAGUAACUAGGCUUGCAGAGACGCAAGCAUCAGAAAUACUGACUGGGUGAAUUCAUCAAAAGUCAACUUACCUUCACUUGUUAAUUCAGCCGAAAAACUGAACCGAAAAACUUCUUUUGGACAAAUCGUUGUACUUUGCACGAUUGCACGGAACAUUCACAGACUAUGCAGACGCAUAGAUUACGCGUCAGCAUGUACCUUCAUAGCGUUUCAACAGCAAUUGACAUGUUGACAGCUUCCUCAAGUUAUAUUUAUGUUAAUUGAUAUUUGGGUAAACUUACUACCUAUGACAAGCAGCCGAUUCGUAUUGGAAAAAACACAUUGCCUAACUGCAACUUAGCAAAGCCUUUAUUUGUUUGUUAUCUCAAUUAUUUAUAUCUAAUAUUCAAUUCAGUAUUUAUCAAUAUCGAUGAUAUUCGGUUCAACUGCUUUUAUUAGAGAGAGGCUGUAAACUAGCCGCGUUAAUUAUAAGCAUCUUUAUUUGCGUUGGGAACGUUUCAUCUUUAACAAAACGCACAAAAUUACAAGGACGGUUUCGAAGUUUAAUACUUUGGGGCCAUUGACUGAGGAUACUUUUACCCCCCAUCACACGCUUCACUCUCCCAACGUGUACGCUCAUUUUGUAUGGGCUCAUUGUGUAUGCCUGUUUGUCAUCAUCAGCAUUAUUAUCCUAAUUGUCCUUUUGUUUUUUUCGACUUUGCCUAUUCUUUUCAUAGGACUCUGCUUAUUGACGAGGUUAAUGAAGGUAGGAGUUGGAAAAGGAUUAAAUGUGUAAAUCGUUGUCUCAUAUUAGCUUCACUAGUCAUCAUGUUUUUUUUUUCUUUAUUACAAUUUCAUCGUAUGAUUAUAGACUUAUAUAUAUAUAAAUGUGCAAUUUCCCUUUUUGUUGAAGCUUUUAUCAAUAGCGACUGCGGAUACUACUAUUGAUAAGUAUCAUGUUGGGUGUCGUAUGAUGUUUUCCGAGAACAGCGGCUGUACAUACGUUUCGCUCAGACGACUAUUGUUGAUCAUCAGCCGUUCUAUUUCCCGGUCUUCAUUUUCGGUAGUGCGCGCCGUAUAUUGUUCACUAGUAAUGUACUGCGUCGUUUACAUUUACGAAUAUGUACUUCAGAUGCUUUCUAAGAUUUCGUCCAUCAAAGCCCGACCUAGCUAUUAAUAUGCGACAACAUUGAUAGUUCGAAAAUGGGCAGUACUAAAUAGGGUCGUUUUUUACGCGGCGCUCCUGAUGCCCCCGAAGGAACCUGAGUUCGAAUCCAACAGUCCAGGAUUUACCUCAAAGACGACUAUUUGCAGAGUGUUAGUUGGAUUCACAUUCGUUUCGGGGAAAUAUUUCACUCAGAAUGACGCUAAGAGAAUAUUAGUCGUCACCAGCAAACCGGUGCAGCACCCAGUUGAUCACCUUACGUAGAAAAACCGUACGUUUCCUCUAAUUCAAUGGAGAUUGUAAUGAGUGACCCCACCAGUUGCUCAUUAGUAAGUAAAGUAAUAUGAAAUAAACCGCACCUCUCUGUUUGUUGUGUCUUAAAUAGAUGCGUUCGUGAUUUCAUCAAGUAACGUUCCAUUUCUAACUAGUGUCUGGUACUUUAAGUAGCCGAUAUUUUUAGUCAGGAUUCUGACUACUCUAACUAUAACCGCUGUCAGUAUAAUACAUUGCAGAAAGCCACUGUUUACUGCUUGCUAUAUAUAUAUAUAUAUAUCUGUGUACAUCGUCGUAACCCUAAAUUAGAUAUUAGCUGAUUUAAUAGAUCUUAUUUACGAGACGAUGCC